CACGAACAAAUACAUUUUUGUUAUAAGUUGUGUCUCAAAAAGUGAUAUUUUUAAGAAUUGAAGAUGGAAUUGGGGCGAAAUCUAAUAGGCAAUAAAAUGAUUCUCCGGACUCACAUGAAACCCUCAUCGAAAGUUUUACUUUUCAUAGAUUUUGGAUUGAAUCGUGUAUGAAUCGAAGGGACAUUCGAUAGUUCCGAAGGGGCUAAUAAAGUCGAUCCCAUCCUUGACAGCGACUGAACCCGUAUUUUCUGGAACCGUGUUAUCGUUGACUCGAAUUAUGAAUGACAUUUAAUUAAAAAUUUCACAAGCUGGACGGUGAUGACUAUUUUUUCACUUAUAAAGAGAAGCUAUGAAAACGCUGCAUGUAUAGUCACUUGGGCUUCGAUUGAGAGAUCAAUGCGGCGAUGGCGUCAACAGCAUCGUCCACCCGUACCCAGGACAUUACAGGAGUAUGAUGAGAUAAUUAACCUCCCGCAGUGGAGUAAAUAUCGACAAUAUGCCGGUGGCGGCUUGACAGUGCAUACCAUCAAUGUCGCUGUCGAUACUUCAGUCACUGUAUUUGGUGACACAGAAUUCCUUGCAUCUAUUUCUAAUAUUCGAGAACUUCUUAUAGAUGCCACUUUUGAAGUUUGUCCUCGUGCAGCGGAUAUUUAUCAAUUUUUGACUAUUAUGGGACGGAUCGAUGACUCUUGCGUGCCCAUUACUUGGGCGUUGAUGACGAGGAAAACUGAGCAGGCCUACGUAGCUGUUUUUCAAUAUUUUAAGUUACAAUUGGCGCCACUCAUUCAACCGACAAAUGUUUCCCUGGAUUAUGAGUUAGCUUCAUCGAAUGCCAUUAGACAUGUCUAUCGUGAUAUCCGUGGAGUGUAUUGCUACUUUCACUUGGUUCAUGCUCUUGUGAGUCGUAUGAAGAGGCGGGGAAGAGCCUUCAUGACACGACUGAGAGAUUGGGAAUUGGCGAAAUUUUUUUUUAGAAAGCUCUCUGCGCUUGCAUUGCUUCCAGCGGAACAUAUCAUUGAUGGCUUCAGGUGGUUGGUAACUAAUACCGCACCCGAUAUUCGUGCAUUUUUCGCCUUUCUUAUUGAAUACUAUGAGGAAUGGUGGAUAAGACAGGUUACACCUGCUAAAUUCUCUGUGUACCGUCAGAAAUAUCGUACCAAUAAUAAUGUGGAGGCCUAUCACAGGUGUUUAGAGAGACGUAUCAAGAGUCAUCCUGGCAUCUGGAAAUUCACGGCUGAGUUGAGGGACAUUCAGAUGAAUAGUAUGCGCGAAGUUAAUUCCUUGAAUAUGGGAAUUCCAGUAAGACGUACAAUUGAACAAUCACGUACCAGGCAUGAGACGUUACUGAAUUAUGUAUGGGAUUUAUAUGAUGGAAAUUCGCUUGAUAUUCCAAGAUUUCUCUCUUGCGCUAGCCAUUUGUCAUCUUCUUUCAAUAAUGAUUUCCUUAUAAUAACUCGGGAGGAAGUUGAAUACUUCACCACAGCUCCAAUCCACGACAGAGACGUUGCUCCACCAAAUCAUGGAAUUGAACAUGUUGCAAUUGAAGGCCACGCUGACGGACCAUUCCCUAUAGUUAGGGGAGAGCCCCCAGAGCAAGCAAUCGAGAUCCUGAUUUUGGGAAAUCUUCAACAAUCUUUGUGUCCUCGAUGUCAAAAUUCUAUCCUAAAUGUGAAAUCUAUGCCAUGCGAGCAUUGGUUUGGUUGCGAAAGGUGUACACAAGAAGCAACAAGGGAUGCCUGGACAAAUUGGUGGCAGAUAUUAUGCAACUCUUGCUUCAAUCUUUGUGUUCUAUUCAAAAUUGUACCAAUCACCUGAACAAUUACGUAGACCCGACAAUUAUCUGUCUUGCGGUUAUAAAUACUAGGUCCCUAACGCUGGACAUGUUAUAACAGUGGAGAACAGAAGGUUUAUCGCGAGUAUCCUCAAAACUUUCAUAUUACCACCUUGGUAAUAUGAAGUGAAGUGGUAAAUCCUAACAGAGUAAGAAAAAUUAAUUUUUUACAUCUUGGCCGAUAUUUAAUCAUUUUAAUGAUGAAUUUGUAGAAGGGAAA